AUGCAGUUACGUGUCUAUAACAGCUUUAAUCCUGCUACUACUGCUAGAGGAGGUUUUGGCUUGACGAGCAGCCGGUACCAAACAAUAGUGAAAGCUGUAAGAUCGUCCACUUGCAAUACAAAGUCUUUAUGGCAGUUUCCUGGUCUUCAGGCAAUUAGGACGAUGAAGCAACCUCUCGUCUAUACCAUGAAAGCUCAGAAGUUUGCAGCUUCGACAGCCUCAAUUGAGAACGUGACGGCCAACCGCCCGAUUGCGUACUGGAUCUUUGCCACGGCAGCAGUGUGGAAGCCUCACGGCAGUUUGCCGCCUAGGACUCCGGAGGAGUGGGAAGAGCAGUUUGCAAUUUACAAGCAGUUCCCAGAGUACAAGCAACGCCAGAAUAUGACGGUGGAGGAGUUUAAGCGAAUCUUUUGGUGGGAGUACGGUCAUCGUAUGCUCGGUCGUACGGUGGGUAUGGUCUAUACGGUGCCGCUAGUUUACUUUAUGCUACGCAAGAAACUACCAAGGGAGCUCUACAAGCGUUUUGGCAUCCUGCUCGCUCUUGGUGCGGCGCAAGGAGGUAUAGGUUGGUGGAUGGUGCGCAGUGGGUUGGAAGAGCACGGCAAGGAGCAGCUGGAGAAGCGCAACGAAGUGCGUGUCAGCCCCUACCGUCUCGCCACUCAUCUUGCAUUUGCGUUCACAUCGUUGGGAGUCCUAUUGUGGACGGGCUUUAAUCUGGUCGCGCCUCCGUCACGUUCAGCACUAACACGUGAGAUGAUCUCUCCGGACGUUUUAAAGCAAGUGACGCGUAUUCGCACGAUUCUGCGCCAUGUCUCUACUGUUCUCGGUUUCACAAUUAUUUCCGGCGCAUUCGUGGCUGGCAUCGAUGCUGGUAUGGCAUACAACACUUUUCCCAAGAUGGACAGUCAGUGGAUUCCGGACGACCUGUUUGCGCUCGAUCCCCAGUACAAGAACUUUUUUGAAAACGUGCCUCUUGUGCAGCUGGACCACCGUAUUCUUGCUCUGAGCACGCUCUCUGGUUUUGGUGGUGUCUAUGCUUUAGCUCGCCGUCGCCACAUUUGGAACCAGCUGCCACAACAAUCGCGUAACGCGCUGAAUAUGGCAUUAGCUGCUGCUAGUGGUCAAGUAUUACUGGGCAUUACCACGCUGAUCAAUUGUGUGCCCAUUCCGCUUGCUAUGUCGCACCAAUGCGGUGCCAUUGUGCUCCUAACAGCUACACUCUGGUCACAGCACACGCUUAAUUUUGCCAAACCAUUCAAGAAAGUUGCUACGACUGCCAUGAAGUCCACCUUAAAAAACUGA